ACUGUGGAGUGUUGACUGUUGAUGAAGUUGAUCAGUUGAGUGUUGUGGAUUGUACUGUGUUUUGUAUCUUGCAUUACUACUAUUAACUCCUUAAAUAAUAAACUUUACAAAAAUCUUACUUAAAGCAAGAAUAUGGACGAUGAUGCAGAAACUUAUAAGUUGUGGAGAAUCAGAAAAACCGUUAUGCAGCUUUGUCAUGACCGUGGAUAUCUCGUGACCCAAGAUGAAUUGGAUCAAACUUUAGAUCAAUUUAAAGAACAAUUUGGAGAUAAACCAAGUGAGAAAAGGCCAGCUCGAAGUGAUUUAAUAGUUCUAGUAGCUCACAAUGACGACCCCACUGACCAGAUGUUUGUUUUCUUUCCCGAUGAAGCAAAAAUUGGUAUCAAAACUAUAAAAACAUAUUGUACAAGAAUGCAAGAAGAAAAUAUUCAUCGAGCUAUUGUUGUUGUACAAGCAGGUAUGACACCUUCGGCAAAACAAUCACUGGUGGAUAUGGCACCAAAGUACAUAUUGGAGCAGUUCUUAGAAUCAGAAUUACUGAUUAAUAUCACAGAACAUGAGUUAGUUCCGGAACACAUUGUACUUACACCUGAUGAGAAGCAGGAACUCUUAGCUAGAUAUAAAUUAAAGGAAAACAUGUUGAUGCGAAUACAAGCUGGAGACCCAGUAGCCAGAUAUUUCGGACUUAAAAGAGGACAGGUAGUGAAAAUCAUCCGAUCAUCAGAAACAGCUGGAAGAUAUAUAUCUUAUAGAUUAGUUUGCUAAGAUUACUAUAAUAAAAUUACAUUUUAAU